AUUUUAUUCCACUUACGUGUGGGAUCGGUAUUAAAAAUAUAUACUGUUACAUUUUCUAUGCAACGGGUGGAUAAGGUGUGGUGCUUAUAUAAAUAGAGCACAUUUACCUCCUUGUUCAGUUCAUAUUCUACAAAAUAGCAACAUGUUUGUAAAACUGACCGUUUUGGCCUGCUUGAUAGCGGCUGUCUAUGGGGUGUGGAAUGGUCCCCUGGCUGGAGGCGUUCCAGCUCACCAAUAUCCCGCGGGAGUGAGUCCCCAAGCGUGCCCCAACUUCCCCAAUUGCGCGAACCCCGCCGUGGCGGCGAACCCCAAUGCCCCUGCUCCGUACAACCCUGUACCCCAAUAUAAUCAGUACAAUCCUGCUCCUCAAUACAACGGGUACAAUCCCGCACCUGUUCCUCAAUACAAUCCCGGACUUCAAAGUGCUUUGGACCGAGGAGAGUACGUCGGAGAUGGGGACUGGCACGGGGAAGGGCUCGCUGAGUCUGGAGCUUAUGGAAAUAAUGGACAACACGGCGGCUACAAUGGUGGCUACAAUCCUGCACCAGCAUACAAUCCUGCUCCUGCUUACAAUCAUGGCCUUCCUGCUGGAGUGCCGGCCCAGGUUCCGGCUGGAGUGGACGCCAGGUCUUGUCCUAAUUAUCCAUUCUGCCACUAGAGCUAGGUGGGCAGUCAGCUGACAACAUGUUGUCUCUUUAGGUUUAAUUUUUUGAUAUCCAUCAUGCUGUGUUCUAAACUUUCCUCUAGGUGUACAUAUUUUGAUUACUGACUUUUUACUACACCUACGUUCAGACGCUGUAAAUUAUACAAUGACUUGAUAAAUAAAUAUAUUUUCUUAAAAA